UUCAGGGAAAACGCAGUUGUUUCUCUCGAAAAACAUCGCCAUAGCGUACUGAACCAAGGCCCCAAGUCGUUAAAAACCAAGGUGUAUGGUGCAAGCAAAUACAUCCAAAUAGCCGCCAUUUUGUAAAACGACCACAACUUUUUAAUCACCAGGGUAGAGAGGGGAACAGAAUUUGCCUACUACUGUAAAUACAGGUUUUGAUCUCUCCUGUCAGGAUGUCGAAUACACAAGGACCCACAGUCGUGACAAGGGUGAUUCCAAUCCCCAAAGACAAAGUUGGACUUGUCAUAGGAAGGAAAGGAUCAAGAAUACAGGAAAUCAGAGAGCAAACCGGAGUCCAGCUAUCAAUUAAUAAAGAAAAUCAAGCGCUCUUGAGAGGUACGGCAGAGCAAUGUCAAAAUGCGGAAAAGAUAAUAAAGGAAAUCGUGACGGGUGCUCAAGACAGCGAAAAAGGCGGGUUUAAGAAACUCCAAGUUGACAUACCUGACAAAUUCAUGGGCGUCGUCAUCGGAAAAGGGUAUGAGAAGUUGAACAAUAUCUCAACUAGGACUGGUGUAACUCUAAAAGCCUUCAGGGGCAGCCCUGGCCUGUACUUCAAAGGAUCAAGAGAGGGCGAAAAAAAAGCAAUAAGAGAAAUAAAGGCCAUUGUGAAUCUUGCAAUCAAACGUUCACAGAGUGUUGAACCUCCAGCAAGGUUUGUUUACGUAGACACUGCUCAGCUGGAAGAAAACCACGAGUUUGAGCUGCAGAAGUUACAAUCAGAUCAAGUCCCCGGCUCUGGAAAUAAUUACUUCCAACUAAAGCUACUGGAACAUCCUCAAGGAAAGGAAACAGUUGAUUUUUCUGACACGGACAGUCUGAAAGAAAAGAUCCGCGGAGUUUUAAGGCAAAUUCACAAAGAGAAUGAGGAAGGGGGUAUGGUUAAGAUAGACAUGUGGAGUCAUUUCGGCCACGCCUAUAUAACCAAGAUUGAUGAAGGUGAAGAGGAAGAUACUUUUACUCUGAAGGAGAUCAAAGAAAGAAUUGAAUCCACGGAUGACAAGAGCUGGAGGCCGUUCUUCAAGGAAGGCGUCGAGAGAAUUGAAGUCGAGGCAAUUGAGAAGGGCCUUGAAUCUUACACAGCAACUGAAGAUAUCAGAUAUGACUUCACAUUCUACACUCCUUCUUGCCGAGAUAUUCGUGUAAAGGCAUGGCUGGUGGAGGAACAUUCUGAGGACGAGGGUGCUACAGCUCCUUCGCUGAUGUUCUCUCGCAGUGCUCCUAUCCCCGUCAAAAACGUCUUGACUCGUGUGUUAUCCGAAGACGAGGCCGGAAGUACAUCGAACGAACCCUGUUUCCAUAUGUGCUCUCAGUUUCAGCAAAGAAUGAGAGCAGAUAUUUUGAUACCUUCCAAGGGAUUUGACUGCCGUUUGUUGAUACGAACAUGUCCAAAUAUUCCGCAGACACCAGAAGCUGAAGAAGAAGACAGAAUUCUAGAAACUUACUUGAUGAACAUGAAAAUUGAUGAAGGUAAACUGAAGUUACCACCAAACUCGGAGCUUCCAGAUGGGUUUGAACUUUUCUACCGACGUCGUAGUUUGAGAAGAACAUACCAAUGUCCAGCAACGGAUGGAGAACAGUUUGCUUUGACUAUUUGUAAAGACCAAGCUAUAAACGUAAAUACUGAUCAACGUGAUGAAGGGAGCUUCGACGAAACAGAAGUAAAGACGGACAUUCAUCUACAUUGUAAAGAAUGGGAUAAAGCUUUUGAUGAAGGAGUCUGGGAACCAGAGCAGAUCGUUACUAAGCUACCGACGUUCCUAAAAUUUCUGAGACAAGUUCAGUCACACGUGGCCCCACAUGAAGAGACUAUUGGAGACGAAUUUUAG